AUGAAACUGAAUUCCCGAAUCAUGCUCGGUGGAGACGAAGAGGAAGAAAGCCUCUUGCAAGAAGUCCUCGAGGAAAAUGCUCCUUCCUCCUCCAAAAAGAAAAGAACAAAACACAAUAAUAAGGGAAUUGAAGCCAUGAGGGCACGGCGGAAACACCUGGCGGCUCACAACAUGUUCACUGCUGUUUUAGAGGAUCAAGAAGACACGAUGAAUACAGGCCCGUCCAUGACCAAUUUAAUGACGGUCUUUGUCGUGGUGGGAAUAGGAAUUGGUCUCAUGGUAUUGAUCGAUCGAUCCUCACUCAUUGUCACAGACAAUAAUGCUCCUGGCAUUGUAAAUAAUGCAACGAAUACCACGACCGCCACGACACCAGCCCACGUCGAAGACCAGUUUCAAUUCUUGGAUUUGAGCUUGGCGGGGGCUAUGGACCGCUCACCACCAGUAGAUAGUAAUUCUACCGAACAAGAACAACAACCACAACAGCAACAAACACAUGCCAUUGUGCCAGAAAAAGUAAUGACCAAGACCCAUAGUCCGACGGCAGCACCAAUAAGGUUUCCUGAGGCUCAUACCAGUCGAGACGAAGAGGACUCAGAUCAAGGAUCCGUCACUUACAAAACUCGCGGUCAAUUAUUAAUAGGAGAAGCACGAGAGGCCAUGGUGGACAAGUGGGGAUCGUGGCAGCUCGAUCAUGAUGGGAGAAACUUUCGAGGAGAUAAUUUCUACAAGUCGUAUCCAAAUCGUGACGUUCCGUCGGACCAAUGGCCCAAGGAUGCCUGGCAACGACACCCAGACUAUCUCAAGGAAUUUCUCAAGGAAUCUGUUGCCUUGGUGGAACGAGCUCAAGCUGCAAUUCUAGAGGAAUAUACUUCCGACACGAACAAUGCCUCGCUGAUUUUUGAGCUUCGUCAUUUCAAUGACACGGAAAUUCUGACGCAAAACUUUCCAGGAAAAGGUCAGUAUGGCGGUAGUGACGGUGGAUGGACGACCCAGAAUUCAUGGAAAGGAUUGAAGAGGCGUCUCUUGCAUGCGAUCAUGACGGAAGAUUCCUUUGUGGUGGCAAUGGCUGGACAUUCAGCGGCGGCUGGACAUGGCAAUUUGUUUCAGCAGUCCUACACACUUCAAAUUCAAUGGAUUCUGGAAGCAGUCUUUAGUCGAAUGGGAGUCAAACACGAGGCUCGCAACUUUGGUAUGGGAGGCUUGGGGACCUCGCAAAAUGGAUUGGCCGCGGCGAGCAUUUAUGGAUACGAUGUGGACUUUUUGCAUUGGGAUUCGGGAAUGACGGAAAAUGAACCUCACUGGCCGGACUUGUUGGCAAGGCAACAGAUUAUGGGUGGAGACAAGGUCCCGUUGUUUUGGAACAUGCCUCCAACCGCUAGUGUACCAUUGCUGGAACAUGCGGGAGUGGAAAUUGGAGCCAUUGGUACAGGUCUGGACGGGAUUCCCAUUCAGAAGUCAAUCGAGGAAAUUGAAAAGCUGCCUUGGGCGAUGCAGUAUGUGCACUGUGAUUCCGAGAUACAUGACACUUGUCGGGCCAAUGAAUACAUUGGACAUUGUUGGAUUGACCGACCCGAUAUGAAAGCACCGGUGGAUCAACAAGCAGAACCGUCCGGUCGGGCAAGUUGGCAUCCAGGAAACCGCAAGCACCAAGUGACGGGUCGUAUUCUGACCAUGACGAUAUUGCAAGCCCUGAAGGAAGCUUUGGAUGAAUGGAAUUCUGCUCCGGGAUACAUACUCGACGAUUCUGCUUGGCACCUAACUAACCACUACAAUAAGAUUAAGGACCGCGUCGCGUAUUUGAAGCAGGACCAGGGCCAAUGCUACAAGACCAUGGAAGAGAAGCACGGACUCGGAUUCUUUUGCAAUCAUCCCUUUCAAGCUCGGACGGAAUACACACCUCGCCACAAUCCCAAAGAGACUCACAUUCGAAGUCUGAUGUCAGGUGCUGACAAGGUGAUGCUGCCAAAACAUAUUGACAAUGCGUACAGUCCUCCCGAUAUAUUCAAUCCCGAUUUGCAUCCUCCCAAAGGAGCUAUUGAUGUGCUGAAUAUAGUCGAAGCGGGUCCUGUUCCCUUUGCUAGCAUUUUGAAUCCCGAUUAUGUCACUGGGCAUUACGAACGGCCAGAUAUUACCAGUACCUUUUCCGACGAACCCGGUUUGGGAAUUCGACUUGACACUGUAUCUGGGGAUGUCUAUUGCGAUGGGACCAUUGAUAGUUUUUGCAACAGGGGAAUCAACAAUAAUUGUCUGUUGUAUGGUCACAAUGACGGUCGCAAUGGUUUGGACUUUGAUGCGUACAGCGGUUGGGUGCUCUUUAAUAUUCCCAAUAUCGAACAUGGAUACAUUGUCAUCAAGAUGGAAUCUUGGCAUUUUCCCGAAGAAGGAAGCCCCAAUGCAUGGACGAGCAUCAAUAAUAAGGAAAGACGGGAAUUGAAACGAGAACCACUCCCCUUUUGUGACGACUUUGUCUUCGAGUAUAUGAUCAAUGGCAAAGUGACGUCGGUUCCUUACGAAGAACUGAAACCUCUCAUGGAAAAGGGCCACAUUGCCCGCGUGGUCGAGACAUUGACCUUGAUGAAUGAUCCAAAGUUUAAGAGCGAUAAAGAAGUUGAAGCUGGUAUUCGAAUAUUGGGCUGUGGCCACGACAAGGUGUGGAGACUGACCCAUGUGUACUGGUCGUAG